AAAUAGACGUACUGACGAACCGGAAGUUGAUGUUUCCAGAUUUCGGAAAAUUUAUCAUUUUUAAAGCGAUAUAUAAAGCAUAUUUCUCCUCGAAAUGAUGUGUGGUUUUUAUGAUAAAUGACUGACAUUAAAAUAAACUGCAGUAAAGAAACAAAGAUGUGGUACUGAUAUUGGAUGUGGGAGGUUUUUAUCACAAAUUUGAGUGACAGUUUGGCAGAUAAGAAUUAAGAUCAUCCUCUGUAUAGAUUAAGAAGAAAUCAAGUGGUCGUUUCAACGAUAAUCUGUGGACAAAGAACAUUACACUGGAAGAAAUAUUUUACAAAGUACAUCCAUUUUCAUUUUGAAUAACUGUUGAUGGUACAGACUCCUGCAUUGGUACUAAUGAAUGAUUAUUCCUGGUAAUCACAGUAAUGUCAUUAACCAAAUGAAGAAAGUGUUCAUAGUUGAUAGUAAAAUGAAUAGAUAAACAAGAGAUAAGAGGUAGAGAUUAUUCUUUUUUAUCAAAAAAAGAAAAAGACCAUGUGGAGAAACAAAAGUGGGCGUUUUGGAAAAAGGGGCGGAUUUGCCAGAGGUAAAGGCAAACAGUUUGGAAGCAAUAAUCAGCGAUUCAGUGGUAUUCAAAAGAGGGAUGACCACAGAGAUAGCAACAGAUCUGGGUUUGAUGGUAAUCCUCAAGCCAAUAGAGACCAUAACCGAGGAUUCAGAGACGAGUCGAGAAAUUUUGACCAGAACAGAUAUGGAAGAGGCGAGUUUGAGAACAGGGGAGACUAUGCUGAUGUCAGAGACUCUUAUCCAGACAUACAUUCUGUGAAUUUGAACAUUCAAGAUGAGUUUCAAGAUCAUGUUGUAUAUGGAGAUCAAGAUGACAGAAGAAAUGUUGUUGAAGAUGUCAGAGGAUAUCGGGAAUUCGAUAACAGGGAUGAUGAUUUAUAUUUAGAUAAUAGAAGACCACAGGGCCUAGAUGAUCUGAGCAAUAGGGACCAGGAGUUCAGAAUUGAUGAUGAUUAUUACAGCGGUAGAGAAACUUUUGAAUUCACUAUUGAUACCUCUGCCAGGUAUGAUGGAGACCUGAGAAACAAUCUUAAUGAACAACAUCGUCAAAGACAUGAGCAUGAUGUGUUUAGAGAAAAGAAAACUGGUCAACAUCAUCAUUCAGGGAUUAACAGAAAUCAACCAGGUCAAAGAUCUAAUUAUGGCAGAGAUGAACAUCUGACUCCCAGUGGAAGAGAUGGAAGAAAUAAUACUAACUGGAAAAGAGAUAAGUUUACAGACAAGAAGUCAGCUUACAAAACCACUGAAGAGAAGAAAAGGUAUGAUGACAAGAGGGACAACUCUAAAUCUACAGAUAGGCCAGGCACUGGUAAAGGAAAAGGAGCAAAUUCAACAAGGAGCAGUUCAAGUGAUAGAAGAAAUAGUGGAAAUAAAACCAGUGCAACUUCAAAAGAUAAUGUAAGUAAAAUGAUCAGAAAGGAUAGUAAUACAAGAAAUAAGGAUAGAAGUGAAACAGCUUCUACACAUGAUCAUAAAAAGUCUGACCAGAAAAACUCCAAAACUUUAAGUGUAACAAAAAGCAAUAAAACAUCUAAAGAUGAAAACAGUAAGGAUAUGGAUAAGAAGACGCUUGACAGAAAGAAGACACAUGACAGUUCGAAGAAAAACCAAAAUAAGCAUGAAUCAGUCAGUGGUACUAGCAAGAAAAAAGAGGAUAGGAAGCAAAGUAUUAACAAAUCAAGAGCUGACAGUGGUAGUUUUAAGAAACCAGGAGAUAAACAUUCAUCUAGACAAAGAAGUAAUUCAGGAAGAAAAUUAGAUAGUGACAUUGGACACAUUGACGAUGAAGACAUUCUAAGUAUUAUGGCUGAUGAUGAUGGCUUUGAAAAAGAAAUGAAAGCAUUCAGUAGCUCUGGUGAGCACAGUCGAUCAAAGUCGAGGAGGAGCACGGAAAGGGGAUGUCACCAAAAUGCAUCAAGAAGUAAAAGUUAUACAGAUAGUAGAGCAUUUGAAAGACAGCCACCUAGCAGAGAAAACAGAAGUAAAGAAAGGCAACAGCACAGUAGAGAAGGGGGAAGUAAUGAACAACAACAACACAGUAGAGAUAGAGAAAAUAAAAAUGAAUCCAGACCUGCUUUUGAUAAACGUGCCAAUUCAAGCACCAGUAAGUUUGGAAGUUCUCUCAGUUUUAAAGACAGUUUGGAGUCAAAAAGACCAAGUGGAAUCCAUGGUAAUAAUACAAACACUGUGUCAGCAUCGACAAACAGAUUUAGAACUAAUUUUAACUAUGGCCAAAGACAUAAAGACAAUAGACAGGGUUUAAGACCGACUGGCAGAAACAACAAUAAUAAUCUUGUUGGCCGGUCAAGAUUUUCUACAGCAUCAAGAAUCAAGGACUCUUAUUUGAAAAGGAAAAAGUCCUUUCAAGGAUUUUCAAACAAAAUAUUUGACAAUAGGCACAAGACUAAGCCAAUGAUUGCACAUUACCACUCUGAUCUAUCAAAGCAGCAAACACAUGGUAAGAGUGAAGUGGGUGUAACAGGGGCAAUUUUAAAGGAUGAUAGAAUUUCAGACAAUAAAGUGUAUUCCAAGUUUAGAAAUACUGAUAGAGUAAGUCAAGGCUUUGAUAAUCAAAGGGGAGAUAAGUUUAAUAGAGGUUUUGAAAAGUUUUCAUAUUCUAAAAAUGUUACUGGAAAUGUAAGGGGAAAUAGGUUUCAGAGGGAAGGGUUAAACAUUGGAAAUAAAGAUAGGUUUACAAAUAGGCCAUUUAAAUCAAGGGAUGUAGCAUCUCAGAGGGUUAAACAGAAAUAUUUCAAAGGAGGGUUUAGUCAAAAUAGGAAUAAUAAUAGAGGCUUUAGAGAUGGCCAUAAAGAUAAUGGUAGACAAAAGAGAAAGGAAAAUAAGCAUUGGGACAGAAAGUCUGUGGUAGAUAAGGAAAAACACUCAGAUGUAAUACAAGAUGAUGUUUCUAAUAUUGAGCCCCUUUUAGAUGAUCAAACAUUGGACCUUAAUCCACAACAGGUUAUUUUCAUUCCAAACAAUGAUCAGCCUCACAUGGUUGAUCAGUUUGGACAGAUUAUUAUUAAUCCAGAAAUGGAUGUGCAACAAGGUGAAGACGCACUCCCUCUUCAGUAUAUUCCACAACAGUUUCAUCAUUCUGAUAGAGUUCCACAGGGUGAGCAAGUUGUUUUUAUUCCAUUUGUUAACAAUCAGGGCCCACCAGAUUAUACUGGAAAUAUUCCACUGACAUACAAUGAUAGCAAUGACAUACUAGAUGUUGAUAAACCUGUUCCUGACAAAAAGAAGGGUCGUAAUUUAGUAUCUUCAGGUAGUCGAGUAACUGCUAGUAAAAAGAAACCUUUGUCUGUGCAAGCUAGGGCUAAAUUAAAGAGAUCUUUAGAAAUAAAAAGAAAGCAAAGAAUGGAGAAAGAAAUUGAGAAGAAAUUACUUAAAAAGUUAUUAAGUAAUCCUGAUGUAAACAAAGUGGUAAGAGAAAGUAAAAAUGUUAAAAAGAAGCCUUUGAUAAAGCGUAUAUCACCACCAAGUGCAUCCCACCAGAGUAAUAAACAGUAUAAGCUGGUUAAGAGAGAUAAUAAUACAAGUGAUCUUGAUGAUGUGAGUGAAGAUGAGGCUAAGUAUGAUAAUGUAAGUGAUCUGGAAGAUGUUUCUGAAAAUGAAGAUGCAUAUGAAGUAAAUGACGAGUACGAUUCAAGACAAGCAAAGAGGCCAGUGUUCCGAAAACCUGGUCAGCCAAGAAUCAAUAAGAAUGUUACUGAUGCAUCAAGGGAUGUUAUGAUUCAAAGUACGUCAGGAGAUGUCCGAAGAGUGGUGAACAAUAGCUCAAUACAGCAGAGUAGCAAAACUGCUCUUCAAAGCAAUAAGCGUUCCCCAAGAAUGAAUCAAGUAGAUUCUGUCCAAAAAUUGAAACAGGGUGACAAAAGUAGAAGGUCAGUUUAUAUUGAGAGUCCCAAAGAUAAGGUUGAAAGCAAUGUGGCAAUGAAACGUACAAACUACAGUUCUGGCUAUGAAACUGGUCAAAUUAAAAAGAGGAGGUCAAUGAGUCCAAUUGAAAUAACAGUAAGUAAUGAUAGGUUUUCAAAAGGUACAUACAGAAAUUCUGAGAGUGAUAAGGAUUACAUGCAUUACGAGUCUAGUUAUAGAAAAGAUGACAGGAAGUUGGAUUACAGACAGAAUUAUUCUGAAGCAGAAAAUUUUGGAGAAAGAUUUGAAAGGACCAAAAAUGAAAGGGAUGAGGAGUAUGAGAAGGGUAUUGCUGAUAGGUACAGAGAUGAGAGAGAAACAAAGACUAUAAGAUAUGGAGACAAAACAAGUAGAAUGGCAGAAAAGAAUAGCAGGGAUGAGAAUAGAUUCAGGAAAGAACGAAAUCUCUCCAAUAGUGAUACAGAUGAAAGAAGUAAGGAUAAGGAGCAAAGAAAUAAAGGUAAGUAUGUUGAUAAUAAAAGCAAUAGGAGAGGAAAUGAUAGCGAUGACAAUAGAAAUAGGAAAAAUGAAAAUUACAAUGUUAAAGACAGUAAAGGAGAAAGAGGUGAUACAUUAAAUGACAAAUGGAGAGAUGAUUCUAAUAAAAGAGGGGGUUCAUGGGAAGGUAGGAAUGAUAGAAGAAAAGAAAAAAAUAGAGAAUUUGAUAGAAAUGAAAGAAAAGGUUCCUUUAGUGGAGAUGCAAGCCUAUCAGAUGACAGAAAUUCUGGUCGUAAUAAUCAAAGACAUGGAAGAGAUAGAGAUGAAAAUCAAGAUCUUGGGACCAAUAGAAACUUACAAGGCAAUAACUUUGUAUCCAAAAUGAAUCAACCUCAGUUCCAAAUAAACCAACCUAUGAUGCAGCAGUCCAUGCAGUCUCAGCCUUUCAUUUCAUCACAGUCCCCAUCUAUUCCUUUACAAGGCCAGACAGUAAUGCAGUUCGCGGGUGCAGGCAGUUCUGUAGACCAUAGUUUGCCACCUGUUCAGAAUUCGCAAAUGUCCAUGCCCCAAUUUGCCCAACAUAGUAUGGGUGUGAGACCAGACAUGUCCUUACCUCCACCUGUAAUGAAUGUAGUAGGCACUCCCACUUCCAUGGGUACAAUGGUCAUUCAGCAGCAGCCACAAUUUCAACAGCAGCCUAUGCAGCAGAUGAACGUUCAGCAGCAGCAACAGCAGUUUCAGAACAUACAGCCACAGUUUCAGCAGCAACAACAACCAUUUCAGCAAAUGCAAACACAGCCACAAAUGAUUCCGCAACAAACAAACUCGCCAAAUUUUCAGACCCACCAACCAGCGUUCCAGACAAACUUGCAUUCUAAUCAACAGAUGUCACUACAACCAAUGCAGAGUGGUCAGUACCAGCAAACACAGUCUGGGGUUAACAUGAUGUCCGUCAACCAGAACCAACAGACUGGAUCAAUGGUUCAAGGUCAAAGAGGAUCCAACCAACAGGGUAUUUCCACAUCUGGAACCAUUCAACAUUACGUAGCAGCAACACCACAACAGGCUGUGAGAGGAGUGAUAGGUACAAUAAAACCAUCUGUUGAUAGCUCUAAGAUGAUACGAGGGCAGCAAGUACGAAGCGGAAUAAGGAAUCAGGUAAGUAAUUCACAAACAAUGUCAAGGAGGCAGGGGACCAACAGACAGAGUAAUUAUAGCCCUGGUAGAAGAUUUGAUAAUUACAAUCAAGGGGAAGAAGAAAACGAGGGUGAUGAAGAUGAAUUUAUGGAAAUGUUGUGUUCAAAAUGUGACAAGGUUUUCCUUUCCCAUGAAGUGAUGAGAAGACAUGGUAAUUGGCAUGACAAGGUUGAAAACAAUACAAAGAGUUGGCGAUGCGAUCAUUGUGAACAGGGGUUUUUAUCAUCGUCAAGUCACGCAGAUCAUAUGUUGAUAAAACAUUCCCUAGAUUCCUGGAAUUGUUCGCUGUGUGAUAAGACGUUUGGCAGUAGUUUCGCACUUGACCGACACGUUCGCCUCGCUUCUCACAAGGACUUGAAGGUGAAAUUUGUUUGUUCGUUAUGUCCAGCGUCAUUCAUGGUGUUAACACAUCUAGUGCACCACAAGAAAGAAAAUCAUCACUCUGGUGCAGGCUAUUCUUUUCUUAGAAAAUAUUGAAGUAGUCAUUGUGGGAAUAUAUACAUGUAUGCUGUGAGAAUAGGAAUUAAAAUCGAAAGAUAGAUAUAUUGGUAAGUAUGGAAAGAAAAAAUGUUGAAUUUUCUGAAAAAUAAAUGAAAUGUCUGAAAACUUUAAUGCAAUUUUUUUUUUUUUAUAAAUGAUUGAAUUAAUAACAAACAAUGGAAUAAUCUUUUUGAUUUUAACAGUUGAAAAAAUGACUAUUUUAUUUAUAUUUUUUUAUUACAUCUGUAUAAAAUGGGAAUAUAAAUUUGAAGUUUUAAUUUUUUAGAUCAGAAAAUUAUGAUAAAAAAACUAUUGGAAAUUUUAAGAGGUAUUUAACUCUAAAGUAUUCUGUUUCUCGGGUAAUCUAAAGUUUAAGUUGGGUAGAUUUGUUCAGAAAUAAAGUAAGGCAAAAAAUUAAAAAACAAGAAAAUGUUUAGAUAAUAUAAUAAUUAUAUAUAUAUGAAAACAGAAUUAAUAUUUUGAUGAAAGCAUACGACAUACAUAGAAUGAAAAAGGUUGGAAAUUGGAUUCUGUAGAAUGAAAAGGGUUGAAAUUGGAUUCUGAAAAUUGGCAAACUGUAAAGUUUGUCAGGGUAUUGAAGAAUGAGGAAAUAUGAAUUGCAUUGAAAGGACUUUGAGAAAUAGACUAAA